AUGAUGUUUGCUUGUGCAUUCCCACUCGCCUUUGCCUUUGCCACACUGAAUAACCUGACUGAGAUGAGAACAGAUGAGCUAAAACUACUAGCCAUGAUGAGACGGCCUACGCCUCGUGCCGAUGCGACCAUUGGUGCUUGGCUAAAUAUAUUUCAGGGCGGAAAAUGGAAAAUAUCGCCUGGUCUUGGAGCCAUUCUCAUAAUGGAACACAUGCUUUUGUUCAUUAAAUUUGGAUUCUCUCGAAUUGUCCCCGAGGAGCCUGCUGUCGUAAGAGCUGCUCGAGUGAAAAAUGCGACUCAGGCAGCGGAGAUGUGUUCUAAGAAACUCUUGAGGAGUAUAUCAGGCGAUGAAAAGAUUCUCAGCCCAAUGAAAAAGCACGCAUAA